AUAUAUCACUUUGUUCUAGAAAUGUAUGAGGAAGGCGUGUCUUCUUUCAGCCAAACAAGCCAUAUCUCGGCCUAUUAAGUUACAAGAACAGUAUAGCGCAAAACCGAACUCCUGUUUCGGGGCAUAGAGUAUUAAGGCUACUUUGGAAGACUGUUCUGUGCCUGUCUAGGCGUGGAGAAAAAUGUCGACCGCCAUGUAAGCGUGUUAUGCAUGCAGUACCGCCCAGGCACAACGACCUGACACCGAAUCAUUCGUCUUCGUAUUUUGCGGGCGUAAACCCCACGCAUCUCACCAUCAGGGCGGUCUGCCAAAACAAAACACACGCGGCUGAGGACGCCGACCAGUCGCUGCCAGUUGCCAGCUGUCGCGGGUGGCACAGGUGCGGCGCAGCUGGCAGCACACACGUCUGACCAACCCAAAGGCAGGCCGCGCCCGGCGACAAAACUCUCGUCUUUUGCCAUGAUUUUAAUUCUACCGUCAAUUUAACUCCAUCAACAACAUCAUCGUGCCCAUCGCCUCUUGGACUUAGAUCUCACUUCAGCUCUUGCUUCUAGACGCCCCUUCUAGCUGCGCUCUCAUUGGCCUCGGCCGCUUUUCCUCAGAUUAUUUCCCGGAUUUGGGCAGGCGCUAAACCGUCUUGGGAUUGGUACACACCAGAGUCUGAGAGCCGCCGCUGCCCCCGAAUUAAAAUAAAAAAAUUAAAGCGCCUUUUUUUUUAAUAAUUUUUAUUUUCCAUUUUCUAUUUUUUUUUCUGCCCGGUGCUCAACCUCAUCAGCUUCCAUCGACUUUUGAAAUCCAUCGAAUAAACGAAUCCCAACUUUUGGUUUUCUCGUUUCCUUUCUGUCCAGCGACCGCCUGGCUAGUCAAUUCUCUCUCGGCAAGCCCGUGGCUUCACAUCUGCCGUGCUUCCCCCUCUCGCACCCUCCUGACCGCGUCAACAAUGAACUAGGGCUUCCACCGCCCGCACCACGAUACAGCUGUUUGCGCCUAGAAGAAAUAUCCGAAUCGACGCCGGCAUCCCUUUGCUUCGCCUUGAAUCCAAACCCUCGCUAGCGCUGCCCGUGCCGACCGCCUGACUCCCACGGCGUCUGGUUGGAGAUGGCUGGUACGGAUGUAGCCGAUUUCAGCGGCCAAGGACUCUUUGCAACCACCGACGGCCGCAUCAGAAAUCCUGUCCCCAACAAGCUGCAGGGCAUGGCCGACGAUAAGAACGGCAACUUUGCCGUCAUGCAUAUUGAGCUCGGUGCAAACGAGAGAGCAGAGCGCAAUGCUGCCGCGAAACGAACUAGCGAAAACACCGAGGCUGCGGCUAAGCUCGCUAACAAGGCCGGUUACCAAUCUGUGAAGCGAAACAAGCUUGCAUGGAACCCACAAGAUGGUAUUGGUCUGACAGCACAGGAGACAAAGGCUGAACAAGCGCGUCUUCUUACUCUGCUCCGCACCGUCCACCCGAUCGUCAUCGUCGACCAGUUAUGUAAAGCACUGGCGUAUUUUGGUGGUAUCCCUGGUGCUCCUGCCCCCACGGACCCUCGAGACUUCCCGCCAAGCGCUGGCGUCAACGGUCCUGGAUCGGCAUUUGUCAGCUGGAUCUCAGAAAUCUUUCCCAAUAUCGACCCGAAACUGCCAGGAUCCAUGGCAUCCAUCUCAGCUGCGAUGGGCAUCGCCAAUUCUGCUGGCCUUCCAACGCUGCCACCAAUCCCCGCCUUGGCGGCACCAACAGCUACACCAGCUGCAGAGACUACUGCAGUUCUUCCUCCAACGCAAGCAAAGGUCGAACCUACCCCUACCCCUACCCCAGCGGCGAAAGAGUCGGCACCGCCCGCCCUGAACCCUGAUGGUACACCAGUCAAGCGAGCCAGAGGCAGACCGAAGGGUAGCAAGGGUAAGAAGAAGCUUGAGGCCGAGGCUGCUGCUGCUGCUGGCGGCGUUCCAGGCGGCUCGUUGGCUACCCCGAUGCCCGGUAUGCCCCCAUCGUGGAGUUCACAAUCUCUUACACAGACGCCAACUGGCGGCGACGCUAGCGUAACAACAACGCCGUCUGGAAAGAAGCGCGGCCGCCCCAAGGGGUCUAAAAACAAGCCCAAGCCGGCCGCAGAGGGCGACGUUGCAGCAGAUACGUCCAUUAUCUCCGACUCGCAGCCAACAAACGAGCCGCAGUACGGCGGGAUGCCCAACCCUCCAGGCAAGAGCCCGAUCCCGAUCCCGACACCCAACAUGGGCCAUGGUAUCCCUCGGCCGCAAAGUUGGUCUGAAUUUGGUGUUCCUGGUAGUCCAAAGGCCGCGCCAGACCCCAAAAUCCCUGCAUCACGCAAGCGUAAAAACGAAAAAACAAACGACGGCGCCGCCAGCGCCAGCACAUCUAACACCACCUCCGCCACCACAAGCUUCACACCUGUGCACCCCCCGCAACCUCUCCAGCUGUCUCAACAACAUCAACACCACCAACAACAACAGUCACACCAACCACAGCAGCAGCAACACCAGCAGCAACAAUCGCCAUACGGUACUGCCAAUAUGGACCCGCUAAACAAGCGCCGUCGCAUGUCCAAGGAAGCUCCCCCGCAGCCUACGUUCAACCGCCCUGGGAUGCCUGCUGUGCAGCUGCCUAACUCACCUUUUGGGGCCUCGCCACAGCUUAACUCGCCAGCAAGCUUUAAGCGGCCAAUGCAGCAGUCGCCGCAUCUCUCGGGCAGCGCCAUGAUGAACCACCCAGCCGGCCGCAUCUCAUCUCCCAACACCUCUGCCGCUGGCUACAACCAGACCAUGGCGCUCAACCCACAAGAGUACUUUGGUGGACGCCCCGGGCAAACCUUCAAGCCCGGCUCCCAGCAGCCUGGUAUGGCACGCCAGACGUCCAACGAUGGUAGAGAUCAUCAGCGCGCUGGCCCAGCACCUGGCUUUCGACCCAGCGCUAGCAGCCAACCACCGCAACAGCAGCAACAGCAGCCUCAGCAGCAGCAGCAGCAGCAGCAGUUCAACUAUACAGACCAAAAUUAUCUUGCGGUUGACUACUCCUCUGGCGCCCAAGGCGGCAUGUACCGCCCCAUGCGGUAGUGUAGAUUCUGAUUCACGGGACUAAUCCUCCGAAGUGAACCAUGGACACUACAAAUACGUUGAUUAUUUUUCUUUUUAUUUCCUGUUAGUACGGCGUUUGGACUGAAAUGUCUUCCAUAUCCUCUUUUUUUUAUUUCUUUACUAUACCGGCACACAUGGGUUUUAUACGAAUGACGGGGACAAUUAAAUAUGGCGUGUACUACUGGAAGAGGAGGGUGUUGGGAACCUGAUUGAAUUUUUUAUUAUUUUUAUGGGCUAUCUGAAACUGACGAAUGACAUAUAUCCAAAGAAUUACACUUUUUUACUUGUUACAACAAAGCACACGCAUGAUUAUACAUUUUACUUGACGAUAGUGACCAAAGUACACGCAAAAUCAUACAUUCUACUUUGAUAAUAGUGACACUGUUUAAUUCACUUAUAUAGC